AUCGUAAGUUUCGCUUUCGCUGGUGAAAGCCGAACACGAGGAAGAUGACGCCAAUGGCGUCGGGUUGAAUUUGAACUCUCUCUCUCUCUGCAUCUCCGCUAAUUCAAAGUAUAUUGAGCUGAGCCCGCAAAGCUUCAAUCUUCAUCUCUAUCAGUCAACGAAGCAAACUUCAGCUCAUCAGGACAAGAGGAGGAGAAGAGUUGUCCGAGAGCACGGCAGGUAGCGUGUGCGAGCAGAUGGCGAGUUGGGUUCAGCUCCAUCCCCACCCUCGGGUUGGCUUCGGUGCCGGUAACGACUCAAAGUUGAGCCAAGUUCUGAUUCGCAGCACCCCGUAUUCCUCCGAGUCCCCUCAUCGCCUCCAGUUCUUUGUCGGGAAGCCCCGCCGGCGCAGCACAAUCUCUUGCAGCUACGAUGAUGAAAGCCGGAGGCAGCAACCGCCGCCGUCUCAAUCGACUGGAAUUCGACUCUACAGUGAAAUUGAGAGGGUACUUACAGAGACAGUACGUCAAUCCCAGAAUGCUUGGGGCGGUUCAGGUGACUGGACCGAAAUCGAGGGUGCAUGGGUCCUUAAACCGAGAGACUCACCACCAACUUCAGUUGUACAUUUCAUUGGUGGAAUAUUCGUGGGAGCAGCACCGCAGCUUACUUAUCGAUUAUUUCUUGAGCGGCUUGCAGAAAAGGGUGUUUUAGUGAUUGCGACACCGUAUCCCAGUGGGUUUGAUCACUUCUUCAUUGCAGAUGAAGUACAGUUCAAAUUUGAUCGGUGUUACCGGUUUCUACAAGAGACGGUACAUGACCUUCCAACUUUUGGCAUGGGCCAUUCUUUGGGAUCUGUAAUACACCUGUUGAUCGGAUCAAGAUAUGCUGUGCAAAGAAAUGGGAAUGUGUUGAUGGCAUUCAAUAACAAGGAGGCGAGCUUAGCUAUUCCUUUGUUCUCACCUGUACUUGUUCCAAUGGCACAAAGUCUCGGACCAUUUUUGUCGCAAAUUGUAUCAUCACCAACAGUCCGACUAGGGGCAGAAAUGACAAUGAAGCAAUUAGAGAGCCUUAGCCCUCCCAUUAUGAAGCAAGUUCUUCCUUUAGUCGAACAACUUCCUCCUUUGUACAUGGACUUGGUUAAGGGAAGAGAAGAUUUCUCUCCCAAGCCUGAAGAAACUCGACGCCUUGUGAAGUCAUAUUAUGGGAUUUCAAGGAACCUUCUGAUAAAGUUCAAAGACGAUACGAUCGACGAAACCUCCACGCUAGCACAGGUCCUCAGUUCUGAAGCGGCUAUUAGUUCUAUGCUGGACAUGUCAAUACGGACAUUGCCCGGGGACCACGGCCUCCCUUUGCUGCAGGCUCUACCCGACGUGCCACCGGCAAUGGCAGAUGCUGUGAAUCGUGGGAGCGAGUUCAUAGCAAGUCUGACUGUCGGGACCCCUUGGGAAUCAGUUGCCAAAGAGAUGGGCAGCUCCUUUGGCGUCGAUUCGAGGUCAAGGGUCAUUCAGGCAAACAGCUCCAAGGACAUCAACCUUUUGGUGGAUGUUAUCACGUCAUGGAUGUCUUCGAACAUGGGUCCCAAACUCUUAAGGUCAUAAGGAGCUGAGGGUCGAGCAUAGAGCCACAUCCAAGAAAUCUAUCAGACAAUGGUAUAUAUACUUCAUCGAUCAUCAAAUGGAGCACAAGAAUUAUACAGAUCUUCUCUUUAAAGUCUCUUCCCUGUCAAUUAUUUGUGCAAUUCCGUUGGCAGCAAAAGGAUUACGAUUUCAUAUAUACAGACAUGUCAGUUAUAAAAUGAUGAUACAAAAGGCACCUCUUACGUAGGAAAAAGCCGCUUCUUUCGUA